GUUUACGUGUCUGUCAUUCAAGAGCUCAAACACGAGUUUGAAAUCACUUGGAAUCGAUACCUAAUCUCGGUGCUUUACGUAACAUUUGAAGUUGUACACUUGCUUUAUCUAGUGUCUUCUUCGGCACGAUCAACUCGAAGGGCGCAGAAAACAUUGAUCCUUUUGACGGAGUUUUUCGGCUGUGAAUUGGACAAAUCCAUCGAGAAGCAGUUUCAAAAUUUUACAACCGGACUGUUGCUGCGCGAUCAAAACGUCACUCUUUAUGGCUUGUACCGGCUGGACUUUUCUCUUCUUUAUUCGAUGGUGGCGGCAAUCGCACUGAAGUUAAUCGUGCUCGUCCAACUGCAGCUGUCUGAUUAAGCUGUAAUAAAGAUCGAUCCAAAUGUGAAAAUUGCUUGCUAAUUCGAC